GCCGCCCGCCCUUUCCGGCUCCUCCCUGGCCGGCGCGUUGGGCGCGUGAGCCGAGGCGCCGGCGGCCUGCGAGGGAGGACUAUGAAGCUUCCGAACAUCCUGCUCACCGGUACACCAGGAGUUGGAAAAACCACACUAGGCAAAGAACUUGCAUCAAGAUCAGGACUGAAGUACGUGAAUGUGGGUGAUUUAGCUCGAGAAGGGCAGUUAUAUGACGGCUACGAUGAAGAAUACGGUUGUCCCAUUUUAGAUGAAGAUCGAGUCGUCGAUGAAUUAGAGAAUGAGAUGAGACAAGGCGGUGUUAUUGUUGAUUACCAUGGUUGUGAUUUCUUUCCUGAACGCUGGUUUCAUAUAGUCUUUGUGUUGAGAACAGAUAAUAGUAUACUGUACAAAAGACUGGAAACAAGGGGUUAUAAUGAGAAAAAACUACAAGACAACAUUCAGUGUGAGAUUUUCCAGGUUCUUUAUGAAGAAGCCAGAGCAUCUUACAGAGAAGAAAUUGUGCAUCAGCUGCCCAGCAAUGAACCAGAACAGCUAGAAGAUAACAUCAACCAAAUCUUAAAAUGGAUUGAGCAGUGGGUCAAAGAUCAUAACUCUUGACUUAGAAACUGGCUAGCCA